AUGCCUCAAGCUAGUCUCCUCUCGUAUUUCUCAAAACCGACGAUUCCAACAUCCCCCGUCCAGCCAGCUGCCAGAAAAGACGGUCUUCUGACGACCGAGCACGACACGUGUCUACCCGUCACCGAAAGCCGCGGUCUGGGCAUCAUCGAGGCAGCACGAAAACAAUCGGCUCAGACAAAGGCCAAUCCAGCUGUCACCACACCAAAAACUGAAGAAGAUCAACCCGAAAGCAGAAGAUCUGAUGCUAAGGAUCGCACAAGUGACCAUCUGCAGCAAUUCAACGUUGUUUUAAUUCCUCGCCUUCCGGAGGCUCUUAUUGCUCCGGUCUCACCCCAACACCUUUCUGCAAUCCGACGCCUCACAGUUACGACCCUCCCUGUUCGGUACAGCGAUGCUUUCUUUACCACAGCAGUCACAGACCCGGUUGUCAGCCAUGUAUCUCGAGUCGUUCUGUAUGCGUCAGAACCUGUUGGCUGGAUUCGCUGCCGCUUCGAGCCAUGCUCGACGAAUACUUCCCUCAUGACUCAGUCUCACCCUCCACCUUCUCAGAUUUAUAUUCAGGCUCUAGCCCUCCUCUCGCCAUACCGUGGUCUCGGCCUCGCAACGCUACUGCUGGACACUAUCUUGUCAUCGGCCAGUGCCCAUGAUAUGGACGCAGUGUGCAUAUAUGCACACGUGUGGGAGAAGAACGAGGACGCGCUGGAGUGGUACGCCAGACGCGGCUUCAAACGAGUAAUGCUUAUUGAGCAGUAUUACAGAAAGCUGAAACCGAGCGGCGCUUGGAUUGUUCGGCAAGAAUUGCAGGGAACCUGA